AUGGCUGACGAAACCCACGAGUUCCAGACCGAUGCCGGUGGUGAUGCCGGUGCCUCCACCACCUACCCCCAGCAGUGCUCUGCCCUGAGGAAGAACGGUCACGUUGUCAUCAAGGGCCGCCCUUGCAAGAUUGUCGACAUGUCCACCUCCAAGACCGGAAAGCACGGUCACGCCAAGGUUCACCUGGUCGCUCUCGACAUCUUCACCGGCAAGAAGCUUGAAGAUCUGUCCCCCUCCACCCACAACAUGGAUGUUCCCUUCGUCAAGCGUACCGAAUACCAGCUUCUUAAUAUCGACGAUGGUUUCCUGAACCUGAUGAAUGAAAACGGCGACAGCAAGGACGACGUCAAGCUCCCCGACGGCGAGCUCGGUGACAGGAUCCAGACCAUGUUUGACGAUGGCAAGGACUGCAACGUUAUCAUCCUCGCUGCCAUGGGUGAGGAGUGCGCCAUGGAUGUCAAGGAAGCCCCCAAGGGUAACUAA